AUGGGCGACGGCGAUGGGAAACUCGGAGCCGACCAGUUGGACGUAAACGAUUUGCCGGAAGCCGGCGAUCGUUUUGAGCUGAUCCGGCUGCUGGGCUCGGGGAUAUGCAGUAACGUUUACGCGGCCGUCGACAAGAAAUCUGGUUAAAUUAUAAUAAUAAUAACAAUAAUAAUAAUAAUAAUUGUGUUAUUAUAAAUAAUGGACAUGCUGAUAGAUUUUCACGAAUUAAUGCGUAAUAUUAUAACAAUAUACGUCUAAUACGGAUUUUCGAGGGUUUCUAUAUAUAUUAGGGUUAGUAGGGUAUACUUGUAUAUACAGUGUUCUAUAUAUUCCAGAUAAUCAAUAUCUUGCAAUCUCGGAAUCAUUAUUUUUUUAAGAAUAUUUAAGAUACAAGCGGCUCUAAAAUGUUGCAUUAACCUUUUUAUUUUUUUUUUUUUGUCACCUUUGCGUUUAAACGUCGUUAAGACUAAUAAGUAUAUGCCACUAUUUUACGAGAAAAUUCAGAAAGGAGCAUAUAUAAUAUAAUCAUUUAAUUUAUAUCUGCACUCACCUAGAUAACUUACCCAAAAGUUCACAAAAAUGUGUUUUUGAAGGGAAAUCGAAAAAUGACCUUUUGAAUGUACCAAUUGGAUCAACAAUUCUAUAAGAAAGUCUCUAUAAAAUGUUUGAUUAAAUUAAGAUUAAUAAACAAAUAGUUUACAGACCAUAAUAAUAAAACAUUUUAUAGUAAAACUAAAAAGGCUUUAUUUAGAAUCUAAAAUUCAUAAACAUCACACCACACAAAUAAUGCUCCACAACUCUCUCUCUACCCAUGAAAAACUAAACGAAAAACUUAAAACUGGAACACUCGUCAACGACAUGACGAAAAAUAAAAAUUCCAAUACCAAAAUAUAUAUUUAAACUCGUGAGUAUUUUUAAUUUCAUCUAUUUAUGGAAUUUUAAAUUUAGAUUAUCAUUUGGAAAUUAAAAUGCGGUAGUUAGUUCACUCCUAAACGUAAAGGUGAUAAAAAAUAAAGUUAACCUACCGUUUUAGAGAUUCUUAUUUUUCUUAAAUUAUGUAAAAAAGUUUACAUUUUCCGAGAUAAUAAGUAUUUUACAUGAUAGAUAUAUGAAAACUGAAAUCCUGGAAAAUCCCGGGAACCUCGAAAACAUCGAAAACCCUCGUUCGCGGCCCUUACUGUCUGCCCUGGUAAUAUGUCGUUACAAUAGUAUGGUAACUAAAUGGCUUAACAUUAUUUGGUAAAAUACCAUAUGUUUCAACAUUUCAUGUAAACAAUUGUAUUUGGACAAAUUAAAUUAUUUUUUAAAUGCAACCAACCUAAUUAUUAUUAUUUUGAUUAAAAUAUAUUAACGAGCUGUUUUAUAAAAUACGGCUGACAUAACGAAUUAAACCUCUUUUAAUUUUAGUAAUUAAAUACGAGUGGACAUUUCUAUCAACUUGAUAUUAUAUAAGUGUUUUAUAAACAAUACGUAUCGAAAUGGUACUCAACCGAGCCCCGUUACAAACGUCUAGCGACAGGGAAUCCGAAUGGCUGCAAGAUGGCCUACUUCGUAAUCGGUUAUCACCAAUUUUAUUAUCAGUUUAUUAUUACCUAACCGUGAUUCAUAUUCAAAAUCAUGAUGAAUAACAUUCAGAGUACACGGUACUGUCAGUACUCGGUUUACACACGUCAUUAUUAAAAAUUAAAAUAAUAGCUUAAUAAUAUGUUAACGAGUACAAUAGUCCGUAUGAUCAUAAUUUACAGUUCUAAGUUUUCAUAGUGAAAAAUAAACAAUUUAUAAUAGUUAGUUGUUAAAUAAGUUGUAAUAAAUAGAAAUAUAAUAAUAAUUUUUUUUUACAUGAUCUCUUAAGUUUAUUAAAAACUUAAAUUUGUUCCCACAUUCUAUACAUUUGAUUUCAUUUGUGUUGGACAUGUUCCUAAAAACCUAAUAGAAUAAAAUAAAUAAUAUUGAUGCGUAUGUAUUGUAUUCACAAAAAUAAAAUACAUAUUACAAUAUAUAAUAACAUAGCAUAUCAAACAAAUUUAUAAUAGUUUGUAGAAAGAAUAAUAAUUAAUAAUGGUAGAAAUAAACUAUUUUAGACUUAAAAUAUUAUUCAGACAUCAGACUUGGAUAGAAAAUAAAUAACCUAACGGGUACAUUUUGAAAAGAAAUUAAUAAUAAAAUCGGUGAUAAUAUAACUGAUCGGUGAUAACUGAUAACAAUAACGGAGUCAGUCAUCUUGCAGACACGUAGGUAUUCCCGAAAACAUUUAACAAAAUAAUACAAAGUGUGAACAAUAAUAAUAUUAUUUACGUGUCGGACAGUAAAACGUUAGAAAUUUGAAUUAUGUAUCUGAUAACAAAAAUAAAUAUAUGUAUACACAUCAUUUGGUAGCAUAUUUGCGAAAUGUAAAGGUGUACGAAUGUAUUCCAUGAGUUUUUUUAACACACUUAAAAUAUGCGAAUAUAGAUAAUUUUAUAGUAUUUACAGUAUAAAAUUAGCAUUUUGUAAUUUUAUGAGAAUAUUUGUUUGUGGUUUUAUCACAAUAUUUUAGCAACUACCCAUAGAUAGUCGAUAAACACCGAUUUAUAAGUGCCUGUGUUCCGUUAUCACUUAUAAUUAUAUCAGCAUAAGAAAACGCAAACACGGUCAUAGAUAAUAAACAAUAAUAUCGUUAAAAUAAGUAUGACAUGGCCGGAGUGAGCCAAAGUAUAGCCCUAGGGACGUAAUUUUUUAACAAUUCAUUUUAAACUCAACUAUUAUGUCAUAAACGUAACUACUAACACCUGGAACUUUAGCCAUAAAACUAUCUUAUAGUUGAUUUAAAUUGUACGACACAAAGGUAUAUUAUUUAAAACAUUUUUACAUGUUUAACUUCGGGAGUUAUUAUUGAAUAUUACAGAAUUACAAAAUUCGAAUUCCCAACGUUCGAGAGUUUGACACGUCAAUAAUAUAAUCGUUUGAGUUGAGUAAUAUUAUGUUAAAUAUUUUUGUGAGUCCGGUCGCCGUGUCGUUUGCAUACCACCGUACAAAAUACAUACACGUUUCAAAAUAAAAUGUUACAAGGAAUUUUAAUUCGGUUUAUAUUUGCAUCUAGGUGUAAAUAACUACUAUUUAGGUACACAAUGUAUAUAGUAGUUACGUAAUAGUAUUAUGUAUGUUAUGUGUAUGAAUUAACAAUAAUUGUCGAAUUAGAAAAAAUUACUACGGAUUACCGAAAUCCCUCGGUGGUGGCGUCUCAGAGUGUUAAAUUCAAUGUAGCCCACUCCGAGCGUCCCUCCAGUGGUCGCGUUUAGUUGAUUUUUUUUUUAUUGAAAAACGAGUUUUCGAGUUUUAAAACAGUUUUGCGGUUAACCUCGUAGUUCUAUUGAAAAUAAUGUAACUCAAUACGGUAUUUUAAACGUAAAUAAAAUGACAUUAUUAUCAUUGGGGGUCGAGGAAAGUCCGAAGCUUCUCGGCGUAACCACGAAUCGCGCAAACUGAACUUUAAGAGUUAUUAUUAUAAUUGUGCAUGCCUGUUUAAAUCCUAUAGCGGAUACAUGGGUUUUAAACAUAAAAUACAUCAGACAACUCGCAUAAUAUUGUUUAGAAUCGUACAAUAAUUGUUUAAUCUGUUGUUCUGUUGACGAAACAAUGCACGUAUUUUAAACGAACGUAUAAUUUGUACAUGCGUGAAUAUGAAUAAGUACUAAAAACGGAUGGUUUAUUUAGGAAAAAAUGUGGCGGUCAAAGUUCAAAACCUAAAAGAAAUUUCGAUCAACGAAAAAGACAUUAACGAAGAAUAUCGGAUAUUGAAAGAUCUGUCAUCACAUCCGAACAUGCCGUCGUUUUAUGGCGCUUUCACAAACCAGAACAAAAUUGAAUUAUGGUUUGUCAUGGAGGUAUGGCUUAGUGUAGAAAUUAAUCUUUAAGUUUUAUUGAGCAUUCGUAUAAAUUAUACGAGACAGUUAUUAUGUUGUUUUCGCCGUUACGUCUAUAUUUUGUCGUAUCUCAUCGUAAUGAUAGUUGGGGUUUAAACCAGAGUUUCCCGAACUGUGAUCCGCGGAUCCCUGGGGGUCCGCGUGUAUACCAGAGGGGGUCCGCGAACCUAAAUUGAAAAUACUAUACCAAUAGUAUAAAUAAAAAUAAAAAUACUGAUGAAUAAAGAAGGAGGGAAGGGGAUCGAUUUUUUACUAUCUAUAAGAGGUCCAACGGAGGAAAAAUUUGGGGAAUGCUGGUCUAACAGAUUCACGUAUUAAAAUUAGAGAUUUCGAUUAAAAACGCGAUUUAAUACGUACAUGAGUACGGAGUACGUAUGUGAAUAAAACAUUUUUACUCGCGUAUACUUGAUACACGUGAAUUUACUAUUCGUGUUUACGUGAGUUUCAGUGUUAUUCACGUAUUACGUGAAAAAUAAUUUGAAUACGUGAAUGUACUUGUUAAUGGGAAUAAUAAAAUUACACUAUAAGUGAACACGGAUUUUUUUUUAAGUACACAGUAUUAUAGCUUCGAAUGUUGAUUCCUCGUGAAUACGCAAAAGCGUGUAGAUAUACGUGAGAUAUAAAAAUCCAAUUGAAAUACUGUGUAUCGAUUUAAUAUUUUUAUUACUAGAUGCAGACAUUUUUUAUUCAAACAAAAAACGAACUUUGAAUCAAACAUUUGAGUGUUCAAACAAUAAACAAAAAACUAGCAAUACAUUUUGUAUCAUUAUAAAUUGAAAAAUAACUAAAUUAUUUGUAACAAGUAUAAAUAACUGCGAUAUAUUUUGAUAAAAAUCGACGUUCGUACAUGUUUCCGCUCUUCCGACGUUUUUUUUUUCUUUUGUAUCAUCAUUAUUUUCUUAAAGGCACCAACUAGAUCCUAAAUUUGCCGAGAAACCUUCUAUGAACUUUUUAAUUUAAGCAAGUUUUCUCGUGCAAAUCGUGCGAUAGCGUUUUCAUAAUUAUUUGAUGCGUCGUCGUCUUCACGACGUCACUUAACAGAUUUGGCGUCAUUACCGUCUAUUUUAUAAUAUUAACAGAUUUGCGAAGGAGGAACUGUUGUUGACUUGGUUAAUGGGCUUUUGUUACAAAACAAAAGAAUGAAAGAAGAACACGUCGGAUACAUACUCAGAGAACUAGUUAAGGUAUGAAAACUUGUUAACAGUUUAUAAUAAAAAAAAAUAUGAUUUAUAACGAUUUCAGAUAAUAGCUAAUAAUGUACAACGCAGUGCCGUAAUCAGGGGUACACUGUCGGGAUUUUGAACGCUUUCUAUAUAUUAUAUUAUAUGUUAUUAAAAAUAGUCAUGUUUGUUUUUUUUUUUUUUUUAAAUCUUACAGGCGUUGUGUUUUUUACACGAAAAUAACGUGAUUCACCGAAACAUCCGCUGUUCGAACUUACUGUUAACAAAAAAUGGCGAAGUGAAGUUGGUGGAUUUUGGUUUAUCCAGGUAACUGCAGUUAAUUAUAACUGAAUAUUUCCAAAUAUUUGGACAACACUUUGAGUUUUCCAAUAUAGUUUUCAUAUUUGUUUCAUACCUAUCUAGCGGAAAGUAUUAGCUGUGUUUUACAACCUGUAUAAUAUAUAGUAUUUGUCAUAGAUUCUAUAUUAUACGAUAGUACGUAUGGGGACGUCGUAAAACGUGAGUAAAUCACGUUACGCGUCAUUUAAAUCCAAUAUGGACGCGCCGCCCUUUCGAUUCGUUCUCGAUGUCAACGUAUUGUAAUGCCCAAUACCACCUAUAUAAUAUAAUAAUAAAUACUGGUAGAUAUUUUGUGCUGUUGGUUUGUUGUUUGAAGAGAUGGACAAUUGUUGCCUCUGAAUUGAUGACGACAACUUGACGUUUUGUCGAAUUUUCCUAGAAAAAAAAGACUGUUGCACUGUAUACACUGUGUUGUGUCGAUUAUAAUGUUAUAGUUUAGUUUUGGCUUACCCAAUGGUAUUUUGUCAUUGAGUUUCCAUUUAAAACCAUAUAUUUCAAUAUUCCACCAUGCGUUACCACCCCAUGUAAUUCUUCUGCGUCAAUCAACAUAUUGUUCCUUGUGCAACUUUUGUAAUUAUACUCUAUAAUAUUACAGUUAUUAUAUAUAUAUAUAUAUAUAUUUAGGAAGUUAGAAAGCCCGGAGUACAAGACCAACACGGGAAUCGGUUCACCGGCGUGGAUGGCGCCGGAAGUAGUUUUGACGGGAUACAAAGAAGGUUCUGGCGAACAGUCAUACUACGAUAAGAAAAUCGAUGUUUGGUCGGUCGGUGAGCUCAUUGCGAUACUCUAUUAUACAUAUAAUUACGACUCGCGGCAAUACAUGAGAAUGCGUGUGUUUUGCUCUUUACAAGAUAUUUAAAAAAAUACAAUAUAAAAAUUGGCUGUAAUUGGUAUAUCAUAAAAAAUGUCGGGAUAAAACCGACUGAACGAUGAAUCAGAUCAUGGUUAAUACGAGUACGAGUAUUUGUAUACGUUUUCGUUUUUGUUUUCAGGAAUCGCUGCCAUCGAGUUGGGCGACGGUAAACCGCCGUAUCUCGAUAUCCAUCCGACCAGAGCGUUGUUCCAAAUCGUUAGAAAUCCGCCCCCGGGACUGUCCAAACCAUCAAACUGGUCGCAGUUGUUUAAUGACUUCAUCGCCGAGUAAGCGAGUCGAGUUAAUGUGUGGGUGGAGUAAGGGGAGGUAUCUAUCGCAUGUUGUGGUUAAUACCGCGUGUCAGCGUCAUGUUAUGAAGUAAUGAAGUACAAUAUAAUAACAUGAAAGCAUUUCGAAAAAUGCGAUCGAUAAGUCGGUACCUAUAAUACCUACGACCUAAUAUUAUAUUAUUAGUGCACGGCCGUAAAGGUUAAAAUAUUAUCGAUCGAACGGAUCGACAUAAGUGAUAUUGAAACACAAAUUAAAAUAUCUGUACAAGUAUUAGUUAAAUGAUUUCAUAGGUGGUAAACAUACGUUAUAGUUUAAAAUUAGUUACAGCACAAAAUAUGUCGUGGGUACUAUUACGAUAUUAUAAUUAUAGUCAAGAGGAAUACUGAAAUUAAAAAAAAAAAAAAUGUCUAAACAAUAAUCGAAUGUAAAAUAAAGAUACGUGAUUUUAAUAUUCAAUAUCCUUGACGUAUUGACAGCCAAUAUUGUAACACGUCAACAAGAGGUUAAUAAAUGGCUAUGCUCUUCGUCUCGAAUACGAGUCAAAAGACGAAAGAUUCGGAUUUUGUUACGCGAGAUCAUAAAUAAUAAUAUUAGAAUGAAUAAGCCGUAAGAUUUUAUGAUACGGGAAUGAAAAUAUUUUGUUAAUUUGAGGUUAAAAGAGAUAUUGCCAAUAAGUUCUUGGCAUUUAGUCGAAGCAAAUGGUUUUAGUAUUCUUUUAUUGUAACUGAAAUAAUUAGAGCAAUCCGGACCAAAAUGAUUUCUAUAAACCGAUUGGUUAAUUGUAGCAUUUAAUAAGCCCAAAGCAUGACACCGUUUCAGUCUUUUCACGUCAUUUUUCGGAAAUCUAAAUAAAAAAAAAACAAUAUUACCAUUGUAUUUAUUUUUAAUUGAGUUUGUAAUAUUAGUAACCGUAAUAAUAUUUACAAAUGAAAUGAUUUCUAAGAUACAUAGUUUAGAUGGUCUUUCGAAGACACAUGACAAACGAUACACUCAUGUGUAAUAUAAUACGAAAUUGUGAAGAAACUAUAAACAAUUUUCAAUCGGUCGACUAAAAUUCCGUUAGUUAAACGAUAAACAGGUACACAAAAAUAAUGAUAGUAAAAUGAUAAACACCUUUCUGAAGUGAGAGCUCUAUAUAAAAGCAAUCUGUCUCUCAUCCUACAUUUCGGACCGCGACCUCUUGUUUUGUUAAUAUAAUAAUAAAAUAUGAUUUUCUUUAACACGAAUGCAAAAUUGUAACGCCUGUUCGACCGUUUUAAAAUAAGUGAUUUUCGGAAAGGAAAAUUAGUGCGGCCGUUAAAAAUCGGGGUUUCUUAAAUUUUAAUGGAAAGUUUUAAAACUAAUAAAGGAAAUGAAUCACUGUUGUACAACGAAUAUUCGUAUGUAAUUUUAAGAAAAAGAAAAAAUACUAUUGGAUGAUGGAAAUUUCCGGGAAAAAUUACGGCUUUAAUUAAACCAGUAAGUUUUAAAUGAGUAAUAAUUUAUGCAGGAUAUUGCAUUAUUUAAGGUAAAAUCAUUAAUUUUAGUUUAGUAUAUAAACUAUAAAUUCAAGUGUUGAACAAUUGAAAAUAUUUUAUGUAUAUUGUGAAUUUAUUUUUAAUUUAAUUUCGGACAUAUGUUUUGAACCACUGAAAAUAAAAUAUUUUAUAGUACCAAUAUUUCACCUAUUUCAUUUCUUUUAUUUAAAACCCAAUAAACCGUACCAAUUUUCCGUUAAUCAAACAAGUUUUUAAUUUUUCCGAACAGUAAAUAAUUUUUUUAUAAAACAGAAUUUUUUUUUUUAACUACGCGUCAACAUCAACUCGUAUAAUUUAUCUUCUGUAUCGUCUCAUUAAGUGUAUCGUAAACUUAUUAUCAUUUUCGACAAAACAUGCAUUCCGUUUAAUAAGUACAAUAAUUCAACGUUAAGAUUGGGAUUAGGAUAAGAAAUCAAUAUGUUAUCAUUUUUUUUUGUAUAAACAGAAAAUUAAAUAAUUUUUACGAUUGGCCAUUAUUGUAUACAACAUUCUCUUUUUCAUCAUACACGCGUUUCUAUCGGAAGUGGUUCUUGACAAGCCCGAACGAAAAUAUUUUCCAUACAAUACAUAUUUUACAUACAUCUCAAUUCCUCCUCUCUCCCCCCCAUUUUUAAGGAUAUGAGAAUACAUUUGAUAUAGUACUAUAAUCAACACAAACUAUAAUAAAUCUUAGUUUUAAUACCUUUACCAUAAUAAAGUUAUUUCAAAAAAAAAAAAAAAAACUAACACAAAAAUUAUCUUUUAUAAUUUUGUUUAAUAGUAAAACAUACUCAUCAAAACAGAACAAAAUAAGCUAGUCACUUGUAUAUAGCUCUUUUUAUUUUUCUCAUCCCCCAAGGUAAAGUGAAUAUAAAUAUUUUGACGGCACCGCCAUAAUAAGACACCGCUAAAGAAAUAAUAAUGUGGUAUCCGCUAUGGGACGAAUAAAACAAUUUAUUAGAGAAUAGAGACACUACGCUUAUACACAUAAUCACAGUCGAGGAGGGUUGAUUCACUCCUCUGAAAAUGUGAACGGUUUCUAUGUGUAUAUUCAAGUUUGCGUAUAAUUGAAUAACGAAAUUAGAAAAUACUUUACUGAUAUUGAAAUUUCGCGUUCAAAAAAUAAAAUAAAAUUCAAAUAAAUUUUCAGGUGUCUGGAAAAAAAUCCUGAUCACCGUCCGUACAUGGAAGAACUCUUAGAACAUCCGUUUAUAACUCAAGUUCCAGAUGACGUAAGUUUAUAAAAUAUACGUUAUACUAUAUAUAACAUAUAUUGGUAUUCGGUAUUAUCAUGCAUAUUAAUAUGAAAAAAAAAAAUGUUCUAAACAAAUAUCGCAACAAAACAUUGGACUGCAAAUUCGAUACUUAUUAUACCAAUUAAAUGAAAGACUUUUGACACACUCAUUUAUACAUUUUAUUAUUUUCGUUUUUUAACGGGAGAUGUUUUGAAACCAAUUAAUCGUUUGUUCAAUUAUACUUAAGAGGACGCUUCAGUUUACAUGUCUGAGUAUAGUCUAACUAACGGAUAAUAUAGAAAAACCACGUUACUUAAUUGUGGCGUUUAGGUUAAAAUUAGAGUAAUUAUUAUUUAUAAUAUAAUAUAAUAUUAUGUAAUAAUUUAAAACCCAAUAACUGUUUUUUUUUUUUUUUUAUUAUUUCUACUGUAAAAAAAGUAAAAACUAGAUAUGGGUCCCUUUUCUUAUCGGUGUUUAAAUUGUUUUAAAAAAAAAUAAAAAUACGUACAUCCUACAUCCCUCGAUAAUAUUCUCCUCUUUAAUAAAUUGUGUUGUUUGUGUUUAAACUCUAAUUAUUUCAAUAUAAACGCUAAAUAAAUACUUUAAAUAACAUAAUUAUAUUAUGUGUUACCCUCUUAAACGAGACGAUUACGUAUAUUCACAAAACGUUUACAAUAAAAAAAAAAAAAAAACAGAAACAAAAACGUAAAAUGUAUUUUAGAUGCAAGCUGAAAUCAAAACCGUGAUGGAGUCUAUUUUCGACGACGUGACGUCUAUCCGAAAACCAGAAAACAGGAUCAUAAAAAAUGGAUAUUUAAAGGCAAGUAUAAAAUAAGCGCAUGCGUUCAAAAAUUAAUUAUUUAGUCAGAUGUUCUUAUUGGUAAAAAAAUGUUAUUAUAAAGUAUUUUGCGCUGCAGUGUACGGAACUUGAAUAUUUCGUUUUGUUCUAUAUCUAAAUAAAUAAUUUCGAAUGUUUUCGAACUGUUUAUUCAAACGAAAAUCUAUAAACUGAUAAUGUCGUUUGAAUAAUAACCGUUUAUGAAAACAGGUAAAAUUUAAAAAUCUAACGUUUUUAUUGUAAACCGUUUAUAAAAAAAAAUAUUAUUAUGUUACAAUAACGCGUGUUAUUAUUUUAAUUAAAUAAUAAUAUUUUAAAAAAAAAAAAAAAAUUUAAAACAUACCUAUAAUAUCUUUCGGGGGAAAACAAAAACUAUUACCUGUAUAAAAAAAUUAUCGAUAACUAAUGAACAAUACCUUUUUAUCGUCGCGUUUAGUGAUUGUUCAUCCGUUAUUAAUUAUUUAACGAACGCGACGUAUUGUUUCCGAUAUAUCUAACUAAUGGUUAUACGAGGAAAGGUGUAAUUAAUAUAAUGUAUUUUGAUCGCACAAUAAUUUUUUAUUGUGCUAUGAAAUAUUCGUUUUUAAUUUGGUCACAUGGUUUGAUUGUUUUUUUCCGGGACAGAGGGGAGUCGAUGUAAAAUCGAAAUGUUUACCGCUUUUACGAAUAUUAAAACCAGCAAUAUUCAAACAUCAAAAUGUACAGAUUGAUUUUUAAAACAUUAAUACCUACAAUAAUGCAUAUGUAGGACAGUGGGGUACCAGUAAGCAGGAGCGUGUUUAGGAGAGGGGGUCUAAGGGUCCAUUGUCUUGUCCCCUCGUACCACAUUUCAAAUGGGUUUCAUAAUUUUUUAAGACAUGAUAAAAUCACAGUCUUUUUUUUUUUUAAAUCUGAACCCCAUAACACAGUUUACACUCGCUCAGCAAGGCCUACAAUUAUGUAUUUUGAAGUCCAAAGUGUACAAAAUGAUCGAAAUCCUAUCGUUUUGUUAGCUAAUUUGUUAUAAUACGAAAGGGUGCUAAAAAUGUAAAUACCUCUUUGACAUUGAGACGGUAUAAAUAGCUGAUAACAGCCAGAUGAUAUCUAACGAUGCUCACUGAUACAUAAGGGGACAUUUUAAUAAACUGUUUGAUACCAUGAUCGUUCGAUAAUUUAAUUGAUUCAUUAAUUAAAAUUGUUCUGAUUACGAAAGUUUCAUAUAGCAUAAUUUGCUUGAUUUUCACAAUGAAAACUAAAAAUAAACAAACACGGGAUAUUCGUCGGUUAUUAUUGUUUUUAUUGAAUUAUUGUUUUAAUUAUUAACACAGUUUUUAAAUGUAGUUCAUUUGAAAUGAAAAAAAAUAAAUAAAGAACUUAAAAUAAAAGCUUGUAACUUGUUCGUGCCACGUGCGCAAUUCAAAAUAACAAAAUAAAUUUUAUUUCAGGUCGUCUAAUUAUACAUAGAUACCAUUGGCUCAUUGUAACCCAAAAUAAUGGGUUAAAAAUGAGUACAAUAGAGUGGGGUACACUGAGGUAUUUGACUUUUUUUUUUAAACAAUAUUUAACUAACAUAUUUUUAUUAUAUUUUUGGGGUUUAUUGUUCUACUUAAAAUUUUACUAAAUUUACUAAACAAGGUGUAGUAUUAUGACAUAUAUACGAGUAAAAUAUUAUUGCUGAAUUUGCAAUUUUGUUUUAAAUUGUUAUAGUAUUAUAUAUAUAUAUAUAUAUAUAUAUAUAUAUAAAUAUUCGAAUAGUUGUAUCAUCCAAUAUACAUUAUUGUUUUACCACUGUAAAAUCCAUAAAUAAUAAAAUAUAUAUUAUUAUAUUAUACAUUAGGGGUACAACAUACAUCUAUUGCAGAAUGGAAAACCAAAAAUUAAUAUAUUUUUCCCGGUUCAUUUAUAUAAUACGAAACUAAUUAUAAAACAUUUAUUUGAAUAAAAUAAACCGAGAGUCAAACUAUUGACUUGACGUGUUUACGCAUUGUAUUUAGACGUCUUUAAAAAAUAUUAACAAAAAAUAAUAACUCUCGUUAGGAAUUGGAAAUAUUUGCGGUUUUAUCUGACGAAUAGAGGAAGCCGAAAUCAUUUAAUACGCGCUAAAAAAAAACCGCAAGUCCGCCGCGAAACUUCCGAUGUCCAUUGUUUUUUAAAUUUAUUACAAAUUUGUUAUUGCGCGCGUGCGGUACGAAAGUAAAUUGUCUAUGUGUUUCUGCAACGACACGGCUGCGAGUAAUGCAUGUCAUAUGAAUAAUAAUUAUAAUAUCUAUACAUAAUUUAUGUUGCAGAUGAAUCAAAAAGAAGCAGCCAAGCCAAUGCACCUCGAAGACUUAGCUGCUCUGAAAGAAGUAUCCGAAGACACCGUUCUCAGUGAAUUACAAAAUCGCCAUUUAGACGGCCUGAGUUAUACGUUUGUCGGUGACGUAUUAUUGUACGUGAAUCCGAACCAGAACGAACCGAUCUACGAGAAAAAAGUAAUUUCGCGUCGUGUGUUGAAAGCGUUUAUGGAUAUUGUUAUACCGUUUUUUACGUCGUACCUGUACGUAUAGUACCUACGUAUUACUAGCUAAGAGUUUCGAAUUAAACCAAUUAAUAAAAUGUUUAUAAAUUAUAAAUGGUCAAAAAUUAUAUUGCUGAUUCGUUUGGUUGCAGUCUAAUGAUAAUAUCGAUUGCAGUUAAAAUUUUUUGGUUUUUUUACGGAAUAUAUAAUUGCAGGAACGUGCUCGGUGGUGGGGAGGGAGCGGGUAAAUGAUGAAACGGAAAAUUGUGUUUUACAAUCGACCAACUCGUUUAAAAACGUAUAGUUCCGGUAAACUAAACUUCGCUGAGAAAUAUAAUUUAAAUAACUUUAUGUUAUUAUUACCUACCUUUCAAACUUCCCACUUAACCCAGAGACACAUCCCUUCAACAGUAUCAGCUCUUUUUUUAUAAAUGUAUACUUGAUAAAUAUAUUAUAAUAAAAUUAAUUAUAAAAAAAAAAAAGGUAGGAUACAUAAAGUUGUUCAAUUCAUAUCUGAAUGCAACGAUAAACCCUUACUCACGAAAAACAAUUCUGAGAGAAGUUCGAGUAUACAUAUUUUGAAAUCUCAUAAUUUGUAUAAUUUUAAUCAAUAUUCAGUUUUAAAAUGCUUACAAAAAAAAAUACUUGUAAAUGAUCUUCAUAUUAAACGGUCAAACAUUGCUGUUCGGCUGAACACACGUAACACCACACAUUAAUGUAGGUUAUUUUUCUUUUCAGUAUCAUUACCGUUAUCAGUUUAAAUGCCGAUCCGACAACGCGCCCCAUAUAUUUAGUGUGGCCGACGCGGCCUACCAAGAUAUGCUUCAUCACGAACAACCACAACACAUACUGUUGGCCGGGGAAACUAAGUCUGGCAAAUCGUUCAACUACGGAAAGUUAAUCGAACACCUGUUGUUUUUGGGAGAAGUCAGUGACUUUUGUUUAAUUUUAAUUUAUUUCCAAUAUUUGUCCAAUGUUUUAUGCUCAGUGAACGUGUUACAUAUACGACUUAAUUAAUUUAAAUCACGAGCUCUUGUAUAUAAUACGAGUAUAUUAUUAUCAUAUAUACACAGGCCGUAGCCAGAUCAAUAAUUCUUUAGGAGGUGAGAGGCAUUAGAAAAAAACAAUAUUAUGACUCUUUAAUCUUGUAAUAUAUGUUCCAAUAAAACGAUUAAUUCGAAAAUUUCCAUCCUCCGAUAUAAAUUCUAGGAGGUGCAAAUAAUUGGUCUAAGGAGGUAAUACCCCUUAUUGUCCCCCAUGGCUACGGGCCUUUAUAAAUAUAUGAGAAAUAAUAAUUUUCUGUUUACGAUUAGCAAAACCAAACGAAAGUGAACAACAUCGGUUUGAAAAUAAAAUGUGCUAUAGACGUGAUCCAAGCUUUUGGUAAUGCGGCUACCAAAUAUCAUAUGAACUCCACUCGACACGUAAAUCAGACACAAAUCACGUAUUCGUCCACCGGAAAGAUUAGCGGUGCUUUAUUUUUCAUCUACCAGUUAGAAAAAUGGAGGGUAACGAACUCAAGGUGAGCGAUUGAAUAUAAUGCGAUGUGUUUUCCGGCGGUUAAUAUGAUGAAAUAGGUACUAACUACUUUUUUUUUUUAAAAAAGAGUCGGUGGUCAAAAGAAUUUCCACGUAUUCUACGAUUUCGUUGAGGCCGCCAGCUCGGACAAAGUAUUGAGUCAAUAUCACUUGAUCGAAGAUCACCGGUACCGGUAUUUAGUAGGAGACGAUAUGGACGAACGAAAACAAUCCGGUUCGAACGUGAGGAACUUCCACAAACUGUUGGCCUGUAUGAAAGAUACGUUGGAGUUUACGGACAGUCAGCUGAAUACAAUAUGGCGCAUAUUGGCGGCUAUACUUAACGCCGGUGAGCUUACGGUUUCCGCCGAGGAAGACAGCGAGACAAAAAUUGACGACAACGAACUCAUUACAAAAAGUAUGUACGCAUAAUAAUCGCAUGUUGAAGAUAAACCUUACAUGUAUAAUAACAAAAGACGAUUAAGUUUUAAAAACCGGACAUACUUUGCACUUUGGAAGGAUAUAAAAAAUAUAGAGUAAUUUUUAAUUUUUAAACGAGAUACGAUGAUUUUUAAACUAAUAUUUUGUAUAUUCGUAUCUCUCUUAUAAAUUAAAAUAGGUAUAGAAAAGAACCAUCAUAACACAAACACAGAAAAUGUUAAUUCCAUUAAGUUUGAUAAUAGGCCCAUUCACUUUAUAUCAUUAAAACAUUUAAAACUAACAGCAUAGAAUUCAUUCUACCGAAUGAAAAUUGCAAACUAUCCAACUUUCAACAUUAACCAUAACAUAUUAUGUAUUUUUGUAUAUACAAUAAAAGAAACGAUAAAUCAUAGUGAUAAAAAUCGAUUUUGAGCGGAGUUCGGUAUAAAUUGGUUAUAGAUUAUAGUAAUUUAUUGUCGUGGUUUUUUCCUGUGUAGCCAAAGUAAACCAAAAGUGAAAAAAAGCAAAACUAUCUUCUCGAAUUUUUUUUAGAAAAAGUAUAGACAAUUUCGAAACGCUUUUUGUGCGAUGGUAGGCUAUUUGAAAAAUAAAUUCGAAGCAAUUUCAUUAACCAUAAAAGUCUUUUCCGAGAGAGAAAAAACACAUCAUAAUAAAACUAAUAGCUAAUUUUUAUCUGCAUUACUCAAUAAGACUUAGUAAUAGAUAUCAAAUAGAGCCUUACACGAGCCGACAAAAGUAGAUCCGAUCAGACUCGAUAGAAAUUCAAAGUUAGUCUGUCCCAAUCCAAUACGAUACAAACAUUUUAAAAACCGGCCUGACCCGACUCAAAUAAGUUACAAGUUAGUCCGGACUGAGAAUAAUAUGAAUUUAUCAGCAAAGUAAAAAUAUUCAGUGAAAAUGUGAGCUCUCUAAAAUAAUUUUAACUGUUAAAACAAAUAAACAAAACCGAAAAUAAUGAAACCGCAAAUGCGCGUAACUUUCUCGUUCUUUCCAUGUUUUUUUUUUCCAAUUUUGUUAAAUUAUUAAAAAAACUGCAUUGAAAAUCAACAAAUGACUUUCCUACUCACUGACUAGAUCAAAGUGCAACAAAAAAGAUUUUUUAUCGUUUUUCGAUUGGAGCAAACUUUCUGGUACCUCGAAAAAUUGUUAACAUACAGAAAAAAAAAACAUACAAUGAAAACUAAUAAAUUCCUAUAAUCUAAAUUAACUAAAUAAUAAAAUGAUUGUACGGUUCACACGAAUUUGAUCGGAUCUAAAUUAUUAAGAUCCGAUCUAAUCCAAUUCGACACGAACACCCUAAAGUUACAAAUGAAGUGAUAUAUGUUUAGAACGUCCUGACCGUAGUACACAUAUAGGAAAAUCGGCAUGGUAUAUUGUUAGCUAUAAAUAAUGUAAAAAAAAACCCCUCACAUGUUCAAAUGCAGUUUAAUAUUCCGUAACCGAGCUCGACUGAAAACGCGUCAAUUUGUAUUGAAUGAAAAUGUAUAUUAUUAAUUAUUUUAACGCCCACGUAUCUACCGCUUGAAUGUUCGAUAUUGUUACAAACGAACGAACUAAAAAAAAAAAAGUAUGUUUUUUCAUAUUAUUAUUAACAUAAUAUAUGAAUACUGAUGAGUUACAAACAAAGAUAUAUAAACGAGCGCUAUCAGUAUUAUUAUAUUAUUACAGCGAUAGAUAUCGACGCGCACAAAUUGUAUAAUUUGUGCUCGUCGACUCUUUCUCUGUAGCUAUCGAAAAACGCCCUAGGCCGCAAAUGAUAGACGCCUACGAGUUUUGCAAAGGAAAAUAAUAUCAUUAAAGUCACAAUUCGAAACGCCCUGGGGACACGAUUUUCUUUUUAAAUCGUGUACAAAUAAGGUAAAAUUUUGACCCGUUUUGAAAAACUGUUUUUUUAACCAGAUCAAAAAGUCCCCACCGAAUCUGGAUGUCCCGUUACCUCGUUUUCCGAUACCAAAAAAAAAAAGUAGGAAGAUAAAAAGGUGAAAGAACUAUGUACAUCGAGUUAGUUAAUUUAUAUUUGUACUGAACGAUAAAUCAUUGCUUAACGAAAUACGAAUCUGAGCAAAGUACGGUUUUAGAUGUUUUGAAAGCCGUGAUUUUCACUACGUUUGUACUUGAACGUAAAAAUGUAAAAAUUUGAAAUUAAAAACCCUACGCUCAACUUUUUUUUUGACCACGACGAACCUCAUAAUAAAUUUUUAAGCAUUUCCUAAACACACAACAUUUUAAAACACGUUCGACUGAACUGCGCUCAAAAUAAUGUUUCUUAAGCGAUGAAUUUAUCGCUACGUACAGAUAUAAAUUAAAUAACUCCAUUAUACUAUUUUCCCGACAUCACAAACACAUGAUUGGCACACGCAUCAAUAAUAUAAGCUCUUAUUUUCAGUCGCCGAGUUAUUAGAAGUCGAACCCAAAAAGCUCACCUGGUCGUUGUUGAAUUAUUGCGUGGUGGUCAACGGAGUCGCGGUCCGCCGCAAGCAUACGGUUUCGGGAGCCUACGGGUGCAUCCGUGUGUUCGCCCAGACCUUAUAUUCCCGUCUGUUCGAUUGGAUAGUGAAUGUGAUCAACUUCAAAUUGUCUUUCACCAGAGCCAUAUUGUAAGUGAAAAACUAAUAACAACUGCUAGAUUCCGAAAAACAAAAAAAAUAAUUAUUAUUUUUCUUAAUAAACGGAUAUUUCUAUUACGCAAAAUUGAACUUUUCACAGCGGAGACACCCACGUGGUGUAUUUAAUGGACGCGUUCGGUUUCGAGUGUUUCCAUCAGAAUAAUUUGGACCAGUUGUUCAUUAAUUGUUUGAACGAACAGUUCCAAUAUCACUAUAACCAACGGAUGUUUGCGUGGGAAAUGGUGAGUAUAUAUGCCUAUAAGGAGCGUACAGUAUUUAUACAAUAUAGUCGUUACGGAAUCCUACUGUUUUCCGGUGACUUAAUGCAUGAAACCGUUGAGCCUACGGGAAUACGGGUAUUUCUAUAAUACUACACGGAUUAUAGUAUAAAAAAAACAAAAACAUAACAUAACGUGCUCGGGCAAUAUUCAAUAAAUUUACGAUUAAAUCGUACCCUCCAUGCUCUUUUAUAUACACGAAUAUGCGUUUUCACGUUGUUUUUACUUCGAUUGACUUUCCACGUUAUAUCUCGCAAAAACAAGUAUUUAUAGUUAUUUUUCCACGAUUCAAAUGGAUGAAAUAAUUACGAAAUAGAUUAUUUGUGACAUAUUUUUUAUCAUUUUUAUUAAAUAUACUGUUUCGAAAAAAAUAUGCUUAUUGAUAAAUAUUUAUAAACCCGUGUACAGCAAGAUUUGGAGGAAGAGGGAAUAACUUAUCAUGGCAUGCAGUACCGGAACAACAAGCCGAUUAUAGACGUACUAAUGAAUAACCCCGACGGACUUUUUUAUAUAUUUGACGACGCCACCAAAAACUACGAAGAAAGCUAUCAUUACAUCACAAGUAAUAUAUCUAUACACAUUAAAUUAAAUACAGUAUAACAGUAUGUUGGACCUAUAUUCAAUAUUUUAAGAACUAAAGGGAAAAUUAUUAUUUUUUGUUACUUCCUAAAGUUUGUUUAAUUCGUAUUAAUAUAGUAACUGUAGGAGAACCAAUCGAUUCAAAUUCAUUCCAUUUUAUUCGUAUUUAACUUAACUUUCUAUUAAAAGUGCAGAAACAACACGUUUGAACCUUGGUGUACGAGUAUUAUACUCGAAAGUUACUCGUCGGAUAUUUGGAGUUAUAUCUAUAUACCCAUUAUAAUAGAUAACUAAAACCUAUUAAACUUAACCUUACCUAAGUAGAAGAAAAAUAUGAUUACAACUAUUACAUAUUAUACUACAGUAACAAAUAGUGGAUGAGAUGUAUUAAUAAUAUUUUUUAAAUAAAAAACCCCCGUUGCGUUUAUAUGUAUGUAUUAGAUGCACUAGAGAAGAACCCCAAAGAGCCAUACAUUCACGUGCCCAGUUCAAAGAGUUUCAGCGUGGCUCAUUAUAGCGGUACCGUUUCGUAUCAGUUGAAAGACGUGCUCGAUAAGAACCGUGACUUUUUGGCUCCGGAAGUAGUCGAAACAAUGCGCAUGUCCAAAGAUAAUGCGAUCAAGGACCUGUUCAUUAACCGGUUGACGAAAUCCGGGAAUCUAACCGUAUGCAGAGAAAAGGCACUGACGAUAAAAACUCAAAACAGCAAAAUCAAUCGAUGGGGAGCCGCGUUAGUAGCCGAAAAAACGCCGAUCAGAGUACGUUUCCAAUAAUAAAACACGAUAUUUUAAUAAUAUACGUUAAAUGUAUCAAUAGUAAUAAUUUAAAAUACCAAUCUUUUUCGGGUCACGUGUAACUCUACAGAAUCGAAAACUGACAAUAAUUCUGUAAAAUUAAAAACCCAUUUGUAAAAUAAAUAAAUGUUGUCAAACACAAAGUUAUCGAAUCAUUAGGUUGUUGAACUGAUUAAGUUCUGUGAAAUUUGUAGAGCUAGUUUCACCACGAAAUAUUCUGUAAGUUUUGGGUUAUCAUCUUAUCAAUAUAAUUUUGUUAUCACAUAAAACGUAAUUCAUUUUUUUUUUUUUUUUUUGUUACUCAGACGUUAUUUUGUGUGGUACAUAAAAUCUAUACAUUAUAAUUAAAAUUUACACAAUUAAAUAAUAAAAUACCUAACUAAUUAUUAGUUACAAAUAAUUGUAUUACACAGUAGAUUCCGAGUGAACUGAUGAAUGUAUUGGUUUUACUAUGAUGUGUUUUUUUUUUUUUUAAAUUUACAUCUGUAAACAAUUUUUUUACCAGAAAACUUGCUUCAAUCAAAAAGUUAAAAUAAAUUUUUUUUAGCAUUUCUCGGUGCAUUGAGGUGCUUGAAUUUUUCUCAAUAAUCCGGUAUCUAAAUUUUAUGGUUUUUCGCAAUUACUCUGAAUACUACAAAAGAAAUAAAAAACGUAUCUCUCCAAUGCACCAACAACAUAAAAUUCACUACCAGAAACCACUGUUAAUGUCAAUGAUUGGUGGAGAAAUUAAUAUUCGAUAUUUCAUGUCAAAACUGUCGAUAGGUAGUAUAAACAAUUUGAAAGUUCCAGUUACUAUUUAUCAGUGCUACAGCGACUCCCGAGCCCCAAUAUUAUUAUUAUAUAUUAGUAGGACUUGGGUUUAAAUACCCUAAAAAUAUCAAAAAAAAAUGUCCCUUCAAUAAAUUACACGGACUACAAGCGUCCGACAAUCGGCCACACAAACCACCGAUAUAAUAUUAUCGCUCGAUAAGAAAAUACUCCGAUACAAGUUGCCUUGUUUAAUUUAAAACCAGAUUACCUGAUGUUAUAUUAUUCGAUAUAAAAAUGAUUUAUAUUUCGUGGUACUGUGUUUACAUUUCAAUGAAUGAAGUCAGUUUUUUCCUAAUUCGAGAAAUAGGUCAAAAAUGUUUUAAAAUGCGUUAAAAACCUCGAAAAGCACAUCAAUAAAUUUGUUUAGUUACAAUAACAUGGAAUACUUGAAAUAUAUUCGUAGUUUGGAAAGCAUCGUGUAGGACAUUCUGAACAAAAAAAUAUGCAAAUGCAUUGAAAUCUGAGCUUUAUAAUUAUUAGCAAUCGAUAUUAUACGACAUAACGUAAUAUAUUGCCAGAUUUUGACGGAUAAACUGUGAAACAAUAACAUUUUCACAGUCGUUUAUUUUAUUUUUUUUUAGAAGUACAAUACGGAAUCGCGCGGUGAGUACUCGCAAACGCGACGCAUGCGUACCGCGUCCGCGGUGUACCGAUCCAGCAGCAUGGAAAUACUUCGCUCGCUGGCAGACACGGCCGAUCAAAAGAACGGCGUCCACUUCGUCCGGUGUUUGCGGGCCGCCCUGUCCGACGAGCCACUGGACUUCCAACCGGACGUCGUAAGACAGCAGCUGAAGGCGCUGGCCGUCGUGGAAACAGUGUCGUCCAGGCAAAACGGUUAUUCGUGCCGGAUUUCCUUUCACGAGUUCAUACAGAGGUACGCACACAGAUAAAUAAAACAAAUUAGAUUGCUAACCGGUGAUACGAAGUGAAGUCCGAGGCCCGUGGGCCUAAUAUCAUCCACUUUUGUGUUGUGUCGUAUACACAAAAAGUUUUUCCUUUGUCGACGCAUACGGUUGCAGUGAGUAUUAAACGAACCCCAAAACCUUCGGUACCUAAUCGACUUUACUAACCGAACGGUCGAGGGACUAUUACGUCAUUGUGCGUCGCCAAUCGUUCUAACACCGAUUACCUACUCACGAUUUUCAUUCCUUGGGACCACGAUAUUUAGUACUGUUUAGCUAAGGUUGGCCGUUCUAUACAUUGUUGUACACGCCGCGUAAAGGCUUGAUGCAGUGGCGACGCAAAGGAAGUAUAUUUUAAUCGUGUGAUUCACAAAAAUGAAAAAAAAGGUGUAAAAGGUGUGGUGGUGGUUCGCAAGUGCUUGGAUGUUCAGAAAUAUAACAAAAAUUACUAUGUUUUUACGAAACAAAAGUCAUUAAAAAAAUUGUAUACUGCAAAAUUUUGAUAAAUGUCCGUUAAAGUUCUCCGAGAAAACUAGGUUUUUAUGUUUUGGGGUAGUUUUUGAUACGACCGAGACAGUAUUCAAAAUACUUAAUUGAAAAAUAUUCAAUUUUUUUUAUAAAUACUAUAAAAUUAAUUAAAUACAUUUACUUAAAUACUUCAAAAUAACUGCAUACACCAUACGCGGAUAUUGUAUAGUCGGUCGACAUCAUAAUUCUGACAGUUAAAAUCACGACAAAGUCAAAAUCUCGACAGUUAAAAUCCUGAUAAAUAAUACCGAAUAACACUGAAUUCACGCCUAAGAGUACACGUUCAUAUUAACAUAAUAUUAGGCAUGUAUACUCAAGCAAAAUAUACUCUAUAUGAGAACACCAAUAAACAAUACAAACUGCCGAGUACUUUAGUACAUACGUAAUAAAUUCGUAUUCACUUUAUUAGUUUCGUCGCCCAUCAAGAAUCAUUUAUAUAAAUUUAAUUUCGCCUGUGAUAAAACAAUAUAUACAUAAUUUGGAUUUAUAAUAUUAUAUUAUACGGUAUAGCUAAUGUAAAUUACUUCAACACCGUAGGUAUAAAUUUUUGGCUUUCGAUUUUUACGAAAACGUCGAAGUGACCAAGGAGAACUGUCGUCUGUUGCUUAUUCGUUUGAAGAUGGAAGGCUGGCUGAUCGGAAAGGGCAAAGUAUUCCUCCGAUAUUACAACGAAGAAUAUCUAUCGAGGUAUGUACCAGAGAAUAUUAUGUGAAACCAAAGCAAGAUGCGUUCCAAAAAAAAAAAAAAAAAAAAAUGAUAACACAAUUAUUUAUUUAAUUGCAGGCUUUACGAGAAUCAAGUGAAGAAAAUCGUAAAGGUACAGUCGAUGCUUCGAACGUUCAUUACCAAAAGAAAAAUAGCGCCCCAACUGUUAAAACAACAAUCCGGUAAUGACGAUACUUUAAUUCAGUCUUAAUAUUUAUAUUUUUAAUCUAUAGUUGGUUGAAUGUUUAUCAUUAUAAUUUUUUUUUUUUUUUUUUCAUUUAUUAAUUAAUCUUUAUACACUAUAUAAUAUCGCGCAGUUCUAAGUGUUAUAACAUUUCUAUAUAUUGUAGUAAAUCCGCGACAUAGGUACGUAGAGUUGUUUAGAUUAAACUAAUCUAUAGAAAUAAGAAAAUAUACAUUUUCUCAGAUGAUAAAUUGAUUUUUAUAAUAAAGUAUAUUAUACUAUUAUAGUAACGCAAGUGUUCGACUUGAAUCAUUAACGUUUUAAAUCAUUUUUUUUUUCUUUUGAACACAUCCAAAAAAAAAAAAAUGACAAAAUAGUAUCACAAUUAUCUUAGGUUCAAAGAAAGAACGGUUUACGUCAGUUUCAUAAAAAAAAAAUGUACAAAUGACGAAAAAAUUAGAAAAAAAUGAUAAAUUAUAGAAUUAUGAACAAAUGACGGAAAAUUAGGAAACAUUUGAUUAGGUAUACAAUUGAUUGUAGAAAAUGUUUGGAAAAAUUAAAUAAGAAAAUUUUAAAAAAAAGGACAAACAAUCUACCUAAUAGAUUCUUUCUUAGGGCCAAAAAUAUGUAUUUAUGCAAAUUUGUAUUCAAAACAGGUGGGGGGAAGUCCUAUGUUUGAAAAUCAAAACUAUACAUCAAUUUAAGUUACAAGGAGUAUACAAGCUGUACCACGAAAAUAUACCUCUUGAAUAUCUCUGGAGAUAAUAAAGAUAAUCAAAUUCUGUUUUUUUUUUUUUUAUAAUACUCACGGAGAAGAGGACUACAAAUAAUUUUAUUUUAAUAUAAAUAUAAUAUAUAUGUGUGUAUAUAUGUUUAUUAUAAAAAUCAAAAAAAAUAUUUUUUUGUUUCAUUAUUUUCGAAAAAUUUAAAGAUAGUCAUUCCGCAAAGAUUAUUUUUCUGAAAAUUUUAAUGUAUCACACAUUUAUAUCGGACGAAUAGUUUCUAAGUAACAGCCAUUUUAAAUUCUACUAAUCCGUUUGUUAUCUAUACUAUUUAUUAAAACCGAUGUUAUCUAGGGAAUGACCUAACCAUGUUACGUGAUGACAUAGGUUUUCACACGGAUUAGUAGAAUUUAAAAUGGCUGUUGCUUAGAAACUAUUCAUCGAAUAUAAAUGUGUGGUAUAUUAAAAUUUUCAGAAAAAUAAUCUUUGCGGAAUGACUAUCUAAACAUUUUUCGAAAAUAAUAAAAUAGAAAGUUAUUUUUUUAAUAAAAACAAAAAUAAUAAUAAUUCAAGUAUAAAUAUUUGUAGUCCUCUUCCCUGUGAGUAAUAUGAAAAAAACAAAAUUUGAUUAUCUUUAUCAUCUCCGGAUAUAUUCAAAGGGUAUAUCUUCGUGGAGCGGCCUGUAUAGGAGCAAACGAUUGAACAUAGUCAAAGAAAGCCCAAACCUGUAUGUUUAAUCAAUGAUCAGUUUUGUUUUUAUAUUCCUAACAAUAUAUCUGUACACAUAUUUUUAUCAUUCCAGAGUUUAAUUAUUUUUAUGAGGGUUCGGUUCUUUAAGAAUUUGCUUAUUUUUUGGCGUGUAAUUAAAAUCAAUCAGAGCGCUAUGGAAAUUCAUUUCACGUUACAACAAGUUUAUAAAUACGCUUAAUUUGAAAGUGCUUGUUAUUUUUAUUAUUUCGAUUGUUUUAAACAAAAAAAAAAUAAAUACUUUUUACUAUUUUUUCUUUCUUUGCUUUUUUAUUACUAUUUGACGGUUAAUUUCAGGGCUAUAAUGACGUUUUUCAAACACUUAUUUAAACGGAUUAUUUUCUGUAAUUGAGCGUUUUAAGCCCCGAACUCUGGUAAUCAUUUUUUUUCCCCAUGACAUCGAAAUAUAUUAUAUUUUAUUAUUCGAAAUAAUUGAGGAUUUUUUACUUGGUAAAUUGCGUAGGUACAAAAAAAAAAAAAAAUAUACAAUAUUAUAUCGACCGAUUACACAAUAAUAAUGCGACGUUUUCAAUCUCAAACGAGUUUGUUUUUCGAACGUACGUUCUAAAAAAAAAAAAAAUAUUAAAUUCAACCCUAACGUGCCAGUGAUUUCAAAGAACGUCAUCGCCCCGUGUAUUAGGCGGAUGAAUAAUAAUUACGUUCUCUAUGCGUUGCGUGAAGAGGGUCGGCACAACAAUAGGGUUUAUUACAAAAAUACCAAAAACAAUAACCGUGUCAUUUGGCAAUUUAUAUUUUAGUUGACAUAGACAGGGUCGGAUUUAGGUAUGUGGGGGCCGUUGGACGGAACGUAUUUUGCGGGCCCCGUUGCUCCAAAUAAACAGAAAUCAUUACUAAAUUGCUAAUAAAUUUUUCCGCUUAUAAAAUUGUAUGCAUUGUAACAAUUGUAAUUGUACUUGUUACAUAUUUGAUUUGAUUUGAUUUGAUUAAUAAAUUAUAAAAAAAACCAAAUCCGGUAAAUAAUAUCGUACAGAGUUGAGUUAUACAAAUAGAAAUUGCCUAAACAUUCGAGUACCAUGUGUGAUUUAAAUCAAUAAUAAAAAUAUAAACAUUCAAAUAACGAUUAAAAUUAAAUUCUUGAAAAUUUAUUUUAAUUUAAUUUUCACAAAAUCAUCAAUAUUACAUUUUGAAAAUCAAGUUUUCUGAAAAUAUAUGACCCGUAAUGAACACGUCCAUGAAGGUUUGUUAAAUCUGUCUCCGUCCAUAUAAGAGCGUGCAGUCUAUUUGUGUGUGUUUCAACUUAAAGCAUUGUAAACCAACGCUAACAAAAAACGAUUCUGAGCGAAGUUCGGUUAUACGUGUAUUGUGUAUAUUUUUACGAUUCUCGUCGAAAUUUGAUUAUAACACGCUUAUGACAAUAAGUUGACUUCAUAAUGUUCAACUUUUUUAAAUUUAAUUCUCAAGCAUUUUUGUACGGUCAAACAGUAUUGCCAACAUUAAACCAAACAAAUAUUCAAAUGUUGGAAAAUUGUCCAUCCAACCAAUAGUUUUUUCCUAAAAAAAGUUUGGUAGUUGGCUUCAAAACGAAAUUAACUUUGAUGGAUAAAUUGUACUAUUGGAUAAAUCUUCGAGGAAUUUGUAUUAUUAAAAUCCUACAAUUAAUUAAUUUACCAUAAAACGAAAUCAAGACACGUAAUUAAUUUAAAUGUAUUCAAUAAAAUUAUAUUUUUUGUAUAAAACAAAUCUAUAUUAUUAAAAUUAGGGUGCGGAUUUUAAUGUUCUAAAGAACAAAAAAAAUAACUUAAAAAAAUACAAUUUAAUACAUUUAGAUAAAAAAAAGUUAAAAAAUGAUCUUAAAAAUUAUUUUAAACAUUUAAAAAAACCGUAUUUUAGUACGGGUAUAUAAAUUCACUAAACACAACAGUGCAAAUAGUGUAAGACGGCUAAACAUUACAACUCGAUAAAAAAUGGCUUAUCGUUUUCUUUAUUGCAGUCGGCAUCGUAUUUAUCCGGUUAAACCGGUAAAUCGACGCUUAAUACAUUUAAAAAAUAGAAAUAUGAAUUCUUUUUUUUUUUUUCGAAGAAAAUCAAAAAUAAAUUUCAUCAAAUUCUCCGAUAACGCUAUACGAAGUCUGUAAAAUGAAAAAAUGACUUGAAAACCUAAAAAUGCACUUAAAAAUGUCAACAAAUGCCAAAUAAAAGUUUCGGAUUUAAUUCUUUGAUAUUUAUGAAACGCACUUUGCGCUCGGAAAGCACCGCGUUCUGAGACACUCGGGAAAAAAGCAAUUUGCAUUAUGGCCCGCAACCAAAUUAUACAAUGCGAUUUUUCAUUCAAUUCAGCCGCCCCCAAAAUCAUAUAACAUGCACGAUAACAAUUAUAUUUAUGAUCUUUUUUAACGUUUUCCAAUCGAACAAAUUUAGGCGGUAUUGUUUUUGAUCGCUAUUUUUCGUUUGGAAUUCUACACCGCCGUGCGUCGGCGACGUGCGCCCACACGCGCGUAACCCGGCCGAGAGCGCGCGGCAGCGCGGGAUGCUUGUGCGCGGCUAAAGAGUACGCGGCGCGCGCAAUGUUUUACGACUGCGGCAUACGAACGGGCGGCCCGGGGGUCGGUGCUGGAUUUCGCGCGGGACACCCCAGUCGCGCGGCCCGGGAUUGUCGCCGCCGUCGCCGGAACAAGUGGAAAGAGAUUAUUCCGCGGUGCGCGCCCGCGGGGCACAGGGGGUGGCUUUUUAAUUGCGCGUGCCCUUUGAUGUCGGCGGCCGAACGGAUCAAAAGGCCAGGACGCCGCGCCGCCGCCGAGGGUCCGUGAGCGCACAAAGGGUUUUCGCCGUCACCGCCGCCGCCGCCCAUAUAAUGCGUGCCUACGUAUGCGCUCGCCGUUUGCAUCGUCACGCGCGCACACGACGAGACGACGUUGUACCGCGCAGCGAUGCGCGUGUGGCGGACGCGGCCGCGGGAAAAAUCGUCUCUCCGGCGAACAAUAAAUACGUUUAGACGCGAGAGACCCGUGCAGCAGGGCCGUGACAAUAAUAGAACGCCGCCCGGAGGUGCUGGGUGGACGGUGGGAGGUAGGGAGAGACGAGAAAAAAAAAGCACAAAACGAAAACAAACGAUAUUCUCUCGGGCGGUUUUUCGAGUGCGCGCGAGCCGUUUCGGAACGCCGCACAAGACGAAAAACAAAUCAAAAACGAGAAACCGCGCGCGCCAAAAGUGGUUUUUAGUGUGUUCGCGCGUCACCGCCGCCGCGCGCCUGCCCGUACGAGUUUCGUGCGAUAAUUAGACGCCGGAUUUGUACGCGCGUUUACAAAGAACAAUGAGCCGAACUCUCCGGAACGGGUUCGUCGAAUUUAAAAUCGUAGACCAGUGGUUUUCAACCUGUGCGUCGCGGCUCCCAGGGGCGUCAUGGUUUGGUGUCGAAUGAGCCGCGCGUGUUUAGUGAAUAGUAAAAUAGAAUAGUCAAUUUCUUUUAUCCUGUGAACAACUUUUUUACCAGCAAUUUUGCUCCGAUUUACAAUGACAGCACUUUUUCUGAAAGAAAAUCUGACUGGGGAGGUACUGUAGGCAGGUCAUUUUUCGAUUUUCCCAAUAAAUGGGAAAAACCGGAAGAAAACAUCGGAAACCAGUAAAAAAAACGUAGGGAAAAUAGAUACAAUAUUAAACAAAUAUUAUUAAAGAAAAUAUUUAAUGCACAUGACAUUUUUUAACCAUAAUAUGUUAUAUAUAUAUAUAUAUGUAUUGUUAACAAGACAACACUAUCAACCGAGCUGAGUUCAGAAUCGUUCUCUUUUUUAAAAUGGUUAAUUUCGCAUACACGUAUACAUUAAAUUCCCGUCUACGUCCUAUCUUUCCAACUUCUCGCCUACAACAGUGGCGGCUGCGCCCGUCCUCAUUAUUCCAGGACAGAUUUGUAUUAUUUAUUAUAUUCAUAUUAUUCAUAAGGGAGCCGCUAAUUUGGUUUUCAAAAUCGGAAAAACGUGGACCCGGAAAGGUUGAAUACCACUGUCGUAGACUAUUAUUAUUUAUGUUGUGUAUGGAUAUAAGAAAAAAAUAAUAAUAAUAAAACAUCCGUGAAUUCAUAAAACACCGGGGGAAAUAAAUCGAAUUCAAUUUGUAACCUUUUUACAAACGUUCGAUUCAGAGCAGAGAUAAUAUACGCGGAAUGAUUUCGAAAUUUAAAAUUAAAAAAAAAAAAAAAUUUAAAUCAAAUUUCUUAUACGGCCGUUGUAAUCGUGAUUUUUCAAUAAUAUCAGAUUGUUGUGUGAACAUUAAAUCUCGUUAAAAAACAAAAAAAAAAAAAAACUAAUAACAUAUCGAUAUCAACAUAGUCUUAAAAUCUGCAAAAUCGAUAAACAGAUAACAGCUGCAGUGUUAUAAUGAUUGGCCCCGUCGGAUCGGAAUAGCGGUCGUCGUGCGCCGUCGGAAAACGAACUACCUACUUAGGUGUGCAUAUUUCAUAAUAUUCUUUUAAUCGAAAUCCGAGUAAAUCACUAACACGUCCGGACGAGAUUUAAAAGUUCAAGCCGUAUAAGAGCGAAGUGACGAUGAGCACCGACCGUGGCAAACGCGUUCAAAGCGUUCUCAAUAAGUCCGACCGAACAGCCCGCCAUCGAGAUACCUACCUACUCGAGAAAAUUUCCGUAAAAAGAAUCCGGGCAAGCAGGAGUCAAGGUAAGAGCAGAGCAACCAUUACCCAAUUUUUGUCCUUCAGAGGACAUGAUACCCGGAUUUCCCGUCUCAGCCCGACCGAUUGUCCGGGCGACAUGCAGCAAAAACAUACUUACACUGCCUGUGUAUAGAACUCGCUCGAUACCUGUUCUAUAGAGUAAAAACGCCGUCUUCUCUAUUGUAAAACUAAACGCGGACAGCGAUAUUCCGGAGAGCAAGGCUAUGCGGUUUUAUUCCAAACACAACUCGAUAACAACCCAAUAAUACGCUCAAUGUAUCGCGGUGGAAACAACGAUAUUUUCCACAUUUUCAAAUGACAAAAAACAUUGAAAAAAUAAAAAUUGCAUAUUAUUGCACCAUCCCCCUCCCCCUCCCCUCCUCCGGCAUAGUGCCCUAUUUUAAUUUUUUUUUUUUUUAUUAACAGUAAGCUUUUCCUCUGAAACCGAAAAUUUAUCGAGUUCUACUCUCAAGACUGCAGCGUAAGCGUAUGUCUAUAGGCGAUGUGUCGACCGUUAAUCGGACCAUACGGGUAUCACGUCCUCUUAAAAUAAAAUAUGUAAAUACGCGUCAGUAGGCCGGUAAUAUACCGAACGAGUGCAUGCAGUAUAAUAUUUAGUGCCGUAACGAUAAAAUUAUAAAAUAACAUAGCCUGUGAUUAUUUACGCGAAAAUAAUAUAGAAAUUAAUACAGAAAUUAAUAUAGAUACUAGUAUAUUAAUAGUCGUAAUUCGUAAUUUAUAUUUUGUUUUUAUAUUAGAUCUAGAGCAGUGGCGUGCUCAAUGUUUUUACUUUUUUUUUUUGAGGGGGGGGGAGGUGUGUCCGGAAGGGAUCCGAAUAAAACAUGAAUUAACUAUUAUAGGUCAUAUUUAUAAAAUGAUUUAACAUAUGUUCAGCUUUAAUUUGGUACAACACUUGGUUACUGCUCCUUCAAAUCAGAACAAAGAAUAAUCAGGUAGAGAAAACAAUAAGAGAGGGGCGAUUUUAAAAAUACACAUGAAGCGCACAUUUACGACGAAAAUCAAACUAAGAAAUUUCAAGCUUUUGUGCGGAUUAGAAUUCUGUCGAUUUUGUUCUUAACCGUGUAUGAGGAACGACAGCGACGACGACGGAAGAAUGAAAAAUUACACUCCACACACGCUUCGCUUGCUGGUGACGCGACUAAUAUUUUCAAAAACUUUGAUGUAGGUACGAGGAAAGAAUAUGACGUCACGGUAUUUUAAUUUAUUCAUUGCCAAGUCAACGAAUCCACUUUCAUUAAAAUUAAAUUUCAUCAUUAUCUAGCCAAAACUCAUACUGAAAUUACCAUGAAAGGGAAGCGGGGUGAAUGGGGUAGGGCAUUCAUCGCCCUCCACUCCCCUUCACCACCGCUUCAAACCAUAUAUCUGUUUUUAAAAAUAAUAAUAAUAAUAGAACAAAUAAUAUUCGAUUUCACAGUACGAUGGUUUUAUAUUUAAUAUUACCAAAUAUCAAUAAAAAAAAAAAAAAAAAGACAAUAAUAUUGUUCCGGGGAAUUCACAAAGCAUAAAAGAGCUAUUGAAAAAAAAAAAUGGUCAAAGGGAUAUGACAACCUCGUAACUACACCUCCCUCCUCCGUGAGCACGCCUCUGAACCAGAAUACAUAGCAUUGCAGUACUGUAUGUUAAAUUAUAACUAUCGACACCUUUAGAUUGCGGACAAACUCCAUGUUUAUUAAAACGGGCCAGCCGCAUCGUAUGCAAAAUUAAAUAAAUUCAAUAUAUUAAAAUAAAUUCAAUCAAACCGCGAUCGAAAUCGAAUUUCACUCCGCCGCUGAACCGAAAUAUUACGAGAAACUCUAUAAUAUCGUGAACAAUUAUACAAACGAGGCCAAUGAGGAAUUCGCAGUCGAGAGGGCGGAAUAAUAAAUUAAUAUUGAUAUCCGAUUAAUUAAUAUCCGAAGCGUCGAAUUUACUUUGAAAACGUUAUUAAAUUACAAAAAGAUUUUCAUUCUUUUACAUUUUAACAAAAUAUAAUUUUUCAAGUAUCUUACAAUAUAACGAAAUCUUACAUUAUAAAGCUAAUAGAAAACGUUUAAACAAUAAAACUAGAAGAUUUAAUUUAUUUAAUUUAAGUUAUUGGACGGACACUAACGGUACUGCCGGCGCGUGUUACCCUCCUCCCCCGUAAUUAAAGGGGAUUGCGUGUAAGCAAUUAUCUCGACAUUUUUCGAAAACUAAUAUUUCAUAACUUCUAAAAUUCACUUUGAAAUACAUUUAAAAGUAUCAUUCUGUAAACACGAAAUUAACAAAAGUGUGUACGGAAAUACCGUUUCGUAUGGACAGAAACUACUCGACCUUUAUUAAUAAGAAAUCAACUUUUCACCAUAAAAGAUAAAGGAGAAUUUACAAUGUGCACCGUUGGUUUUAGUUUAUCAAUAUCAUUUUUGUGAAAAUAGGUUUUUGAACUAAAAAAAACUUUGAAUUAUUCAAUUUUAAAAAAAUAAUAACUUUUUCGAAACGGAGCGAGGGCUGGAUUUACUAUGAUGUGUGAGUUAUUUUUCCGGCUGUAAAUAACUUAUCGAACAGAAAUAUUGUUCCAAUCGAAAAACGAAAAGAGACCUUUUUUUGUUGAAAUGUCGGAUAAUCUAGUUAUUGAGUAAGAAAGUCGUUUCCUAAUUUUCCAUGUAGUUUUCUUAAUAAUUGAACAAAACCAGAAAAAAACGUAGAAAAAACGGGAAAGUUUACAAAGUAUAUUAUUGUUUAAAACGUAAAUAUUACGGCCUUUUAAAAAACCACGUAUAACCGAACUCCACACAGAAUCACUUUUCGUUAGCAUAGAUUAAUAAUCGUUGCGUACAGAUAAACAUUAAAUUCCCCUCUUCUACAUUUCCAACUUUGCACCUACAUCAGCAGUAUCAGAGCUUUUUUUUUGUAGUAUCGAAAAACUAAAACCAACGUUGCAUAGUGCAAGUCCUUCUUUUUCCAUGCCAAAAAAUUGGUUUCACAAUUGUGCCCGAAUAGUUUUUGCCAUAAUCACACCCUAUUUCAAUAUUUAAAACAUUGAAUUCAUUUCAAAAAUGUUCUUAUAUGACUGAAAUAUUUUCACGCAUUUAACACUUAUAACAAUUAUAAUAUAUUUAAAGUGUUUUAAUUUUUACCAAGCUAACGCGAAACAAACAAAUUGAAUUUACCAUACUAAACAAUUUAAUAAUAUUAUAGUUGGAUGUGCGCUAAUAGUAAUGUGUUUAUACCUAUAUUAUAAUAUAAUAUGUACAAUUUAGAAUUUGCAAUAGUAGAACCUAUACUUUUUUUUUCUUUUUUCAUUGAUUUUGACGAUUCAGACGGUUUCUUCCGAGGGGGGGGGGGAUAAUAUACCUAUUAAAUACUUAAAAUUGCAUACACUUACAUACUAUUACCUACAACAGGAACAGAAUAAUUUUAUUUUUAAAAAUGCUAUUACAUAAUACAAUACAAUAAUAAUGCAUAAUACAUUAUAAAAAUAUUGAACGUAAACAUUUAAGAUAUCGUAACAAAAAACUUUUAAUUAUUAUAGUUUCAAUUUCAAUAUUAUAUUAAGUACCUAUGUAGAAAUUAUAGAAUCAUGUUUCGCCUUGAAGAUUAAAAAUUUAUGUUUUAUUAAACUUUAAUCUCGUAUAUGUUAAAAUAUAAUAUGCAUUUUAGGUUCGGAGCGUAGCGAUUCGUUUCACUAUGAUUUAUGUUUUGUAUUUUUUGUUUGUUAACAAAUUUUGAAUAGAAAUCUUGCUCCGAUGUAAAGUGUAGCAUUUUUUCUGAAAUAAAAUUUCGUCGAGUUGGUGAACUAGAGAAGUAAUUUUUACGGUAAUAUUUACGGAGCACCGCGGCGUUAUUGAUUUUAUUGUUUUUAAUUUUUGAAAAUUAUAUUUUUUAUCAGAAAUAUUUCUUCUAUAGAAAAACUAUCUAGGAUACCAUUUUUGUUGAACUUUAAAUCUAGAUGCUUACAAAGAAAUUAGUUUUUUUUUUUAAUUUUCUAUGUCGGUAAUUCUUUUAAUAAUUGAAUAAAUUUUAAUAAUCGACUAUAGAAAUAACGGGAAAACUUAUGAAAAUUACGCUUUUACUAUUUUAAAUUUUGAUUUUUGGUAAUAAUUCAGUUACGAAAAUUCUAAGAGACUUGAAAUUUUUACAAAAACUCAUAUUUGUCUCAUUUAAACGUGGUAAAAUUUUCAAAAUAUUUUAACCAUUUUUUUUUUAGCUAUUUAUAGAAAUUUCAAUUUUGCGAGUUUUGUAUGUAAUUUUUAAUUGGUAAGUACUCUGUGAAUAAAAUUGUUAGACUAAACAGAAGUAUUUGAAAAUUUAAUAGAACUGUUCAUUAUAAGUCGUACUUUGUGGUAAAAAAAAAUUGAUUAUAAGAUAGUAUUUUUUUUGUUAUACAAAUUUUAAUGGAAAUCUUAAAUAUUACCGCUUUUCCAAAAAUGUAUAACCGAACUUCGCUCCGAAUCGUUUUUCAUUAGCAAUGGAUUAUCGUUUAUCGAUUUAAACUAAAUAACUUCCUACCUAUACUUCUUUCCUAUGUAUCUUACCUUCUCAACUUUCCACCAACAACAAUGACUCACUUAUCCCCAGUAUCAGCUCUUUUUUAAAAAUGUUUUCUUUAUAUUUAUUUUGUAGUUAUGUUAUAAUAUGCUUACUUCAGUCAAGUAAUGCUUCUAAAACUAUGUUUUUAGCCUCGGAACAUCAAUUAGUACACUCAACGUCUCAGGAGGAAGCAGCUCUUGUCUUACAAAAACGUAAGCGAUAAUAAAUUAUACACAAUAUAAAUUUUAAUCAUUAAAAUUAUUACAAUAAUUAUAUUGUACAGAUUACAGAGACACCUUAAAUAACUUUUGUUCCGUUCAAUAUUUUUAAGUUUUUUAUUCUUGUAAUAAUUUCUAGAGUCUUCCCUUUGAUUCUUCUAUUUUUAUAUUUUUUAAAACUAAAAACAAACAUUUUAAUUGUUUACAAAAUUAGUUUUACAAAAUUAUUUUUAUGUGCAAAUUGAUGAAUCGAUUAGUACAAUCAGUCGCAAUGAAACAAUAAUAAUUUAAUUAUUAUUAAUUUUAAGAAUUGUAGACAAUUAACAUUUAAUAAUUUGUAUAUAUUUUUAACACCAAAGUUUUGUGUUAAAAUAAAUGUAUAAAAUGUCUACCUUAGAUUUUGUAAAAAAAGUUUGUUUGAAAAUUUAAAUUUUUUAUAUUUAGUCUUAAAAAAUGUAUAAAAUAGAGGAAUUAUACUUUAAAAUAUUGAACAGAACAAAAGUUAUUUCAGAUUUUAGAUUUUCGUUUUACGCCCUGUAUAUUCAAGAAGUGGUAAUGUAAAUGGGUAUCCUUUAAAGUGGGUGUAUGUGUGGCAUUUUAUCAUAAGAUAUGUUAAUGAAAAAGGUGAAGUACUGGGACAUCUGAUAGGCUUAUUCGUUACAGCUCUCGAUUCUUCUAGGUAUGGUUGAGUAAGGUUUUUCAACCUGCAUGUUUCAUAGAAAAAAAAUUCACUACUGAAUAACAUACAUGUAACUUUAUUACUAGAGUUGUGAUAACGAAAUAUUUCACGCUGCUUGAAAUUUUUAAAAAUGCAUUUUCUCCUAAAUAUUAUUUGUUUCUUGGUUCGGAUUUGUGUUAUGUUUUAUAACUAAAUACCUAAUAUUGUAGCAUUGGUUUCACCUUAAGCCAUAAAAUUGUAUAUUCUUUAUUCACUUGUAUCCCAACAAACAAAUAUCUAUAAUAUCGAAAAUUUAAACUGAUUAUGUUCAAACUAUUUAUGAAGAUUAUAUUUUGUUAAUUGUAAAUGUUUUCAAUUUGUUGGUAACAAUUUUUAAAAAAGCUACUGGUAGUCUAGAAUCGUUCAGUGACCUUAAGUAUACGUCUGCCGUAAAUAAAAUUUAAAUUUUAUAUUUAAAAAUAAAUUAUAUGCAUUUUUUGUCCAUGCAAAUGAUAUAUUUCAACUUUCAUGCAGUUUUAGAAUCCUCAUUACUUUUUGUGAUGUUCAUACUAAAAAAAAAAUGAAUAUAUUUUUUAAUAAAACCUUAGUGGUUUUUAUAUUUUAAGAAUGACGGUCCGUUAUUUUCACGUAACACCGUACCACAAAUCAGAAAUCAAGUACAUAAUAUGAAUUGUUUUUAUUUUAAAAUAGAUUACAGAGGAUAUCAAGUACGAAAUAAAAAUAAUUCAGCAAAUACUGGUAAAUAAAAAUUAUAAUUAAUCUUUAUGAUGCUAUAGAUAUAUUUUUAAGUACACCCUGAGUACAAAUACAGGCAGUAACUAGUUAAAAAGUUUAAUUUUAAGCUAUAAGUCACCUAUUUUGAUCAAAUUUCAACUUUAAUAGUUUUGAGAAAAAAAUUAGUUGAUUAUUUCUUUUAAUGAAUAAUUUCAAUUUAACAUUUAAACUACUGUAUAAUAUAUUUACGCAUUCUUAAAAAAAAAAUUUUAUUGACCUGUUUUUGGAAUUUUCAACAAAAUUUACAUAUUUUUUUGGUAUAUUAACGUGAAAAUCACUAUCAGACGUACAAAGUAUGUUUAUGAUUGACAUUUAUGGUUUAAAAAAAAGUAAAUUUUAAUUUUUAACUCAGUCUAUAAUUUCCCUAAAAAUGUGUAACUUAACUUAGUUAUGAUAAAAUUUAUUCGUAUUUUUAUUUUUUGGACAGUUUGAAAAAAAGAAAUAGAAAAGCUUAAAAUCUAAAAAAAAAAGGCAGUACCACCUGAUAAGUUUUCAUAAAUACAAUUUUUUUUUUUAGAUAAAUUUGACGCUGUAACUCUUAAAUUAUUAAAAGUCUAUUGUAAUAAAUGGAAAGCAAAAUCGAUUUUUCAAGUCAUAUUGUUGGACCGAGCAAAAAAACUUCAAGACGUAGUGUACUUUUCGCAACAAGUAAUUUCGUAGUACUUUUACGUAUAAUGAAAAAGCCUACUAUGUUGUGUCAUUGAUUUUCUAUGUUGAUAAUGUUAUAUAAUAAUUUAUAGGUACACAUGUAUAACCAACAUGUACUCGGUAACCUAAACAACAUAAACCAUCAGCCGGUCGUGUUGGGAAACGUGAUGAGUACGACCAGCGUAAAUGAGUUUUUGGGCAGCAAGAAAUGUUACAUGUAUAAAAUGCCGUUUCAAUUAAAUAAAAUGAACGUGACAACCGACGAAAAUAUUUUUUUAAACGAAAAGUAACAACGGCUAAUAUACGUAAUAAUAUUAUAAUAGUCUAUAGUACACAAGCUCUUUAAAAAUUAUAAACAUCAUUAUCAGUCCCUUUUAGACUUAAACAAGUUUUCGAAAACUGAGGGGACGCUUUAGUUAUGUUGUCACUGAGAUAUUUUUAACGAGAUUCUAAAAACUCGAAUUAGUUAAACUAAAAAUAAAUUCAUUAAUACCUAUUCGAUUAUACGUAAUCAGAUUCAGUUUAACUUUCUAUACUGGGUGACUAUAUGCGUGGAAUAAAAUUUGAAGGGAGGGUGUCAUUUAUUUUUAAACCUUAUUAGUAGAACAUUUAUAUGUAACCAAUAUACGAAAAAUAAACAUUUUGGACAUUCUUGUGUACACUUUCCGUGAUGGGUUUCUUGAAAGUUUGAUUAAGUUUAGUUAGCUAGUUCUCGGGAACGCCCCCUCAAUUUUCGAUAAAUAUAGCACCCCUUCGGAGUAAUUUAUACAUUAAUCACUCACAUCAUUGUGAUAUAUUUCAUAAUACUGUUCCCGAUAUUAAUUUUAAAUGUUACGUCCGUGUUUUCGAUAUUUAGUAAAUGAAUAUUAAAUUUAUUUAGAAUAAUAAAAUAAUAUAGUAUCUAUGAAUCCAAAUAGUUUUCAUCGGAUAGUUUGAAGGAUUGUUUAAAAAAUAAUUAAUUAAUUAAAUGUGUUUUAAAUAUUCGUAGAGAAAUCUACCGUGACAUAAACCGUGAAAGAUUCUGUGUGUUUUUCCCCCUAGAAUAAACAUCAAUAAUGAUAUCUUGCUUGGUGGUGGAUUUAUCAUUUCAGUAUUACAAGCAGUAUCGACGAUUGCAAUUGGGACUCCCCUUUAAACCGUCUUCCAGAAUCGCGUACUACAUUUAGGAUUUUAAAACAUUCGUUCGCAGUCCGAGGUAAUAUUUUUGUGUGCAUAUCUUUACAUUGUUAUACGAAAAAUUGAAAAAAUAAUUAAAGUAAAACGGUUGAUACGAUUAUUUUUUCGAAUUAUCUUUAAAAAAUAUAUAUAUAUUAAGUUACCUUAUACAGUGACGUAUCCGGAUGGAGAGCUAAAAAUUUAUCGUGAUUUAUUUUAAAUAGACCAAGGUACGCAAGUGGAUUUGAACGGAGGUGUACGAUUUUCCGGCACCAAUUACGAUUAUUCACAAACUGUGAAUAAAAACGAAUCUAAUUCACACCAGGGCUAUAAACAAACCGAUAUUAAAAACUACGAAGAAAAACAAAUAAAACAACCCGUAUUUGACAACAGAUACAGUGUGACAGAGAGAAACGAUAAUACGAAGACGAACAGGAUCGCUCCUAAACCAAAAACAAUCAAGUUUGUUCCACAUAUUAAAUGUAUAGAUUUAACUCAAAAUAAAUACCUAUGUAGUAAUAAUGUGUCAGUAAAAUAUUAUAUCUAUUAUAAAACUAUUUAUAUAAUAUACAAAUUUAAAAUAGAACUGCAGCUGAUUAAAUUUGAACAUUUUUAGACCGUCGGAAAAGCCAAAUCCUCUUUACGAACUUCAAUCGAAAGGGAAACAAUAUCAAUCGAAUUCCGCAAAUGAAGACGAUCCUCCUUACAACUUUCAGGUACCAAAGUGCAUAGUGUUAUUUUUGUUCUAUUGUUAGCUAACCAUGGACAAAUUACGCAUACUUUCUGGACGAUUUAAAAUCCAGAAAAUAUACAAAAUAUAAAUAUUAUGCAGUCGAUCUUGAGUUAGGUGUACUCUGCACUAUAAAUAACUAUACAAUUUAACGCAGUCAAACAGUAAGUAAAAGUUCCAUAAUAUUAGCUAACAAUGAACUUUCGAUAAUAUUUUUACUAUACCAUUUGAAAUAUUCUCACUUCUGUCUGUCUAUAGGCUCAGCUGCGAUAAAAAUUAGAUAUACCUUAGUAUACAAUAUUGGAUUCGUGAUUUUACAGUGACCAGGCGCAUAUAUAUUUUUCCCAAAAUCAAAACCCUAGAAGGAGGCUUUCCAAUGACGUCUGCUCCUGUAAUUUCGCUUUUUUUUUUCUAUUCGAGCUUGUUAUGUAAUAUUAACAAUUGAAUAAUCGAAUGAGCCAUUUUAUAGAUUUUUAAAUUCAAAACGAAUAGAGGGAAUUAUAGUUUUCACUAUGAUGUUUUUUUUUUGCCUCUAAACAACUUUUAUACCAGAAAUCAUAUUCCAAUCAAAAACUUCAUAAGAACUUUCUUGUAGUAUUUUUAAUUUAAUUAGUGCAUUAGGAAGGUCUUUUGUUAAUAUUCCUUGUUGUUUUUUUUAUUAAAUCGGAAAAAAUUAAAAUGUUUGUUAAUUUCUUGGUUACCUUGGCAAAAAUGAUAACAAAUACGACUAAUAAUACUCUGCUCGGAAUUGUUUUUCGUUAGCAAUGAUUUAUAGUUGCGUGCAUAUAUAAAUUAAAUUACUCUAUAAAUCCUCCAUUCUUACUUAUCUCUUAAAACGAACGCACACACCUCAGCAGCAUCGACCUUUUCUAUAAUAAUAUGAUUAUCACGGGUCAACGCUGUACGGAAUUAUUAUUAUAGUGUACAGUCAAUUGUUCAAACCCCGUGGCGAGACGGUCUUAUAAUUAGUAUACACGAAUAUGAUUAUUUUUCUUUUUGGUUUGUGAUAGUGGGACAUUGUUGGUUUUCAGGGUAUUUUGAAAAAAACUAAUUAUAAACGUCCGUCACUGGAAGGUCGGAACGUGCAAUACUCUUCGAAAUCGCUCGACGUUCGCGAAGGCGGUUAUACAGAAUACGUCGGAAUAACGAGCAAAAUUGGACAACCGGACGAUCGCAAACAACGGGAGAUGAUGACGGACAACGUGAAACAGUCAAAGGACUUCAAAAACGAACUGAACCAACAAUUGUACAAAGCGACGAAGACUGAACUUUUACCGGGCGUCACGCUCGAGGGCCAGUCUUACGACCUUUAA